GAGCGGCGGCCCGCGGGGAUGCUGCGCUACAGCUCGGGGCUCACGGUCACCGCCACCACCCCCCGGAGGCCGCCCGGGGACGGCGGCCGCGCCCGGCGGAAGAUGAAUGUCUGUAGGUUACGCUUAACAGUACCACCUGAUGAAGGCUCACAUCCUGAACAGGGAGCAAAGGAACAUGAAAGAAAGAAAAAUGAGCUCUACCAUGUACCAAAUGGCCUGUCUCCAGGAAAGCUCUCUCAUGGGAUGGUGUAUGGUGUCGUGCACCGAACUGACAACAACCAUAAGAGAGAAAUGGUGGUUUAUGGUUGGUCAGCUGAUCAGCUGAAAGAGGAGAUGAAUUACAUUAAAGAAGUGAGAGCAACUCUGGAAAAAGUAAGAAAGAAAAUGUACGGUGAAUAUGAUGAAAUGAAACGAAAAAUACAGCAGCUUACAAAUGAACUGAAAGUGACAAAUGCUCAUCAGGAAUCCUUAGAGAAUCAUGUGCGAGUGCAGGCUGCAGCCUUAGAUAGCUUUAGUGAAAUGAACAGCUCCUUGACAUCAGCAUCAAUAGACUUGCAGAAAACUCUAGUGGAUGUUACAUUGGAGAACUCUGAUAUCAGGGAACAAAUAAGGAAUUUAAAACAUACACAUGAGCAAUCUAUGGAAAAGCUGAAAGAGAAGCAAAAGCAACUGGAAACAGCACAAAUUGAAAAUCAGUUACUGAAAUUAAAGGUGGAAUCAUCGCAGGAAGCCAAUGCUGAAGUUAUGAGAGAGAUGACAAGAAAACUGUAUAGUCAGUAUGAGGAAAAAAUGCGAGAAGAGGAGCAAAAACAUAAAGCUGAGAAAGAAAUCCUCCUAGAGGAAACAAAUCGGCUUCUGAAGGCUAUUGAAGAGGCAAAUAGGAAGAUGCAGAUUACAGAAACAAGCAUACAGGAAAAAGACCAGAGAAUUGGUGACCUGGACCAGCUGAUUGAACGCAUGGAAGAGGAACGUCACCAGCUGCAAAAACAACUCGAACUAAAUGAAAUACAAAUAUCUGGAGCAAAAUCUGAAAACAGCUCUGACAGUGAAAGGUCACAGCAUUUGGAGGAGGUAGCAGCUAGCCUGAGAGAGCGAAUCAAACAUCUGGAUGAUAUGGUCCACUGCCAACAGAAGAAAGUCAAGCACAUGGUUGAGGAGAUUGAAAGGCUAAGGAAGAAAGUAAAAGAAAAGGAAUUAUUUAUAAUACAGCUUUUAGAAAAAAUAUCUUUCUUAGAAUGUGAGAAUAAAGAAUUACAAGAUAAAUUGGACUACUUAAUGGAAAACCAACCAAAGACCAGUAUAGAAACCAGAGAUGCUGGUGUAGGAUGUGAUCUUCCAAACAGGAAAUUCAUUGCUAGGCUUCCAGAUAAGGGUAAGAAGAUCUCCGAUUUUGCUGAAAAGCUGAUGCUUGCCAUUUUACAAGAGGAAGAAUUAGCAAGGACAGCUGAGCUGUUAUCUGUUGUCAGGUUGGAGUUUCAGGGGAAACAGGAGGAAGUUAAUACAAGCAAGCAGCAAGUUAUCCUAAAGAAGGACACACCAAACCAUGAAGAUUCCUCAGCCUUUAAUGAAAACUCUAAUAUUAAAGAAGUUUCUGAGAUUUCUUCUGAGAGGCAGGAGUUAGAAUGUAUUGAGGAAGAUGGUACAAGUACAGCUUUAGAAAAUAAAAGGACCCAGAGGAAAAAUGAUAAAGUAAAAGCUGUUACGAAGGAUCAGAAUCUUUUUUGUGAAGUUGUCUCCAAGUCAGCCACGAGCAGUCAUCAGAAAAAUGAUCAGCAGGUAUCUCAGAGCAAUUCUGAGGAAGGUACAGAAGGUAGAGCUGCUUUGGACAACAGUAAAGACGCGCUGGUUGAUGCCUUUCAAAGAGUUGCAAUUGCAGAUGGGGAUAAUAGUGAAAAAGUAUUGGAAAAAGAGCAGAAUGUGGCUAAACAUAAGGGCAAUAUCUUUGGAAGCCUGCACCCCAAGACACCACACUAUAUUGAAGUUCUAGAGUCUAGAGCCAAGAACCCAGUCAUUAAAAAAGGCAAAUUUAAAACAAAUGCAUUAUCGGGAGAGCAAAGCGGAUCAUCGCAUGGUUCCUCUCCCAGUCAGUCACCUGGGGGUUUUGGCUCUCCAAUUACUGCAGAAGAAAGACGACUUAGAGAUAAGAAACAUUUGAAUGACAUCACAGCAGCUCGGCUGCCACUGCUUCACUAUUCCCCUGCUAAGCUAUUAUCCAUAGAGGAAUCCAUAUCAAUUCAGAUUCAGCAAAAGGAAGCUUAUGAGGAAAUGCAAGCCAAGCUUGCAGCACAGAAGCUUGCAGAGAGACUGAAUAUAAAAAUGCUCAGGUUUGAACCAGACCAGGAGGCCUCAAUGCAAUACAGAGAAGUGAGAGAUGAAGAUUAUUUUUCAGCAGAGGACUGAGUGCAGGAAGGGAUGUCUGAGGAUGAGCCACGUAACUGAUCUUUAUGUAGUGCUUCUUAAAACCCAAACCUGGAUAUUGACAAUGCUUGAACUAGUCUUUUUUUCUUAGAAAAUUUAACAUUACAGCCAUGGGAAGGGUUCAACAUAAACCUUGUAAGUGUCAUUAAGUGGUAACCCCAUUGUUAUUUGGGGACUGUUUUGAGCACUUGGGGCAGUUAAUCCUUGUGGAAUGCCCCAGAGUUUUCACCUAUAGCAAAGGGAGCUUUUUAAUACACUUUUGCAGGCUGUGAUGAGUCAUCUACAAGAAGUUACUUCUGCACAGAAAUGUGAUUGCAAAGGACAUUGGCACACAUGUCCAUAAAGUAGGCUAGGGUGCCUGUGAAACAUGUGCAUGUAUGAAAGCUCUUGUCUUGUAUAAAUGUGAGAUACUUCAUACAUGCCUGGACAGCUACAAUAAAUAUCUGAUAGUUAGGCUGUAAGUUAGCUUCUUAUCACAUAAGAAUUUGUUUCUGUGCCUGCACCUUAAAAUAACACUUUCUGCCCUUAAGUUGUAAUAAAUAGUUUAAGAAUUGCAAGUUACUUUGUAACUCAAAUUCUGUUUGGGCUUUAAGGGACUUCACUGUUUCAUUUUUUGGUGAUUAUUGCAAAGCACAUCAAGAGAUCAAGUUAAUCCGAACACUUCAAUAUUUUUAUUAAAGGUCUUGACAUUUUUCCAUGUUUUUGCACACUGCUUUCAUACUUCGGAAUACUAUUUUUUCAUAGUCUGAUACUGUAAAUUAAGAGAUCCACCCUCUGUUUUCUUGGAGAAUAUGUUCUGUGUAUUUUGCAGUUUUAGCUGUUCUUAGAAGAUAAAAAAAUCUCCUUACAAUAACAUUUUCUGCCUUUUAAUAUUAAUUUUGAAGGAGACAGAACACACCUGAGAAUUAUUUCACAAUGGUAUUCCACUGUUGACUAGGAUAUUCCAGCAGUACUAUGAGUUCACUUCUAAAAACUGUAUAGAUUCCUCAUAUAGCCUGGCAGCACCUGUUUUCCAAGACACUGCAGCAGCAGUGUGUGCAGGGGAGCUGUGUGUGCAAGGCUUUCCCUGGAUGUGUACAUAUUCCUGCAGGAAUAGUGUCUUUGGAAAAGAAGGGUGCUCCAGAUGUGAGUCAUCCAAAAAGCUGCACCAUGUGAUCUAGAAAUAGGGGAUUAAAGUUUCUGCCACUUCUUGAGUGCAUAUAGCACUUUGCUGGCAGGCAAAAUCUCUCCCAAAGGCUCUCCCAUGCAUUCCCUGUGGCACAUGCAGUUUGACAGGUGGAACUGCUGCUAAGCUAAUAUGUGGUAUUUUUGGACUAUGUCAUCUGUGGAUCAUCUGUGAUGCCUCUUUCCUCUACCCUUUCCUCUCACAGGUUUCUUGUUCUCAUUGUUCAUUGACUUCUCAUCAGCUGUCUGCUCUUCCCUUUUCCUCAUAAGAUUUAUCUCCUCUCACUAAAGCAAACUUACAUUCUGCAUCCCUGUACCACCCAUUCCCUUUCAAAUGACAUAUCGCCCCCUGCAUUUAACUUCUGUUGCGUGUCACACAUCCUCCUGCUGUUGCUAUCUUGUGCUUUCUAAAACUCCAUCUGAACACCAGCUGUGCACCUGGGCAUCUUCUACAUACCUCAGGCACUUGAAUAUCUUAGAGACCUGAAUGCUUUUGUGGUUUUGCCCCAGCUGCCCUCCUACUGAGGCUUUCCUUUCUUAUUUCCUAUUUUGGUUUCAGAUUGUGCAGGUGUUUGCCACUUUCAGGCCUUAUAGCUUCCUUUUUACCACUUUAACCUGUUUUUUCCUUAUUUUUUAAUUUUUUGUGCUCCUGCUUCAUUCUCCCAGCUUCUCACCAUCACUUGUCUUUGUCAGCACUAUUUUUGGCACGCUUUGUCAUUCACAUUCAUCUGUCAGUGUGCAUGUUGAUGACCCAUCUGAUCCCCUCAGUUUUAUGUAUUUAUGCCCUCAGUGUCUUCCUUCAGCAUGUGGCUCUGAUCCCACAGGCUAGUGGAGUGCUCUUCUCUUGUGGGUGAAGUUCAUCUCUCAGAUCACCAUUGUCCAUGCCACCACCUGCUCAUCCAGCUGCAUCUUGUCAUCAGUCCUCCCAUUAUUUCAGUUGAAUGGCUUAAGGACAAGAGGCCUCAGAAGUGUAUUCGCUUUCCCUUUGUUGUUGCAUUAAGCACAAGUUACCACUUCCAGGCCUUUUUACAUCUCUUCCCACUCAUUGAGAUCAUCACCCUUGUCCCUGUACUGACUGUGCUGUCAUACCUUUGAAGUUACUGUGUGCGGUUUUUUCCAUACUGGCUUUUCUGUGCUAAAGGAAGAUACACAAAGCUACACAGUUAAGGGUUUGUUUUCUAGAUCACUGAAAUCUAGCUGAAUGUAUGCUUCUGCUGACCACUGCCAUCUGCUAACUAAAAUUAUGCUCUUUCCUUGUGCUUUAUUUUUGCGCCUAAACUUUGUGAAGCGAAGGCAGUUUUCUUGAUCUGUAUUUUGAUAGCAUUUGUCAUGCUGGGGCUUUGCCACAGUGGAUCCCCUGAAUAGACAAACUUCACCUUUAAGGAAAAAAAAUCAGUGUAGUAACAGGUGAAGUGAGUUAUAUAUAUUUGUUAUAGAAUUAGCAGCUGUUCAGCACAAUAUUGGGGGAGUCCUUGUGGAAGAGAGUGCUCUGUGACUACAAACUUAAGGUAUGAAUUUUAAGUUAUUGCUAAAGGGUUUGUAUUACUGCAAAACCUGGAAGCUUUCAUGGACGGCUGUUGGUCCUAGGUUCUGAGCACAGGUAUGUACUUUGAAUUAAGAUUUUGUGAGUGAUAAGAAAGCAGAGAGUCAGGUAUAAAGAGAGUCCUGUGUUAAGGCAGAUGUGCAGUCCUGAAGUUUCUGAAAGGUUAGAAAAGAGCAUGAAUUGUGGAACGGUUUAGUCAUAAUGAACUAAGUUUCUGAUCCAGUAUGGUAUUGUUGUGUGUUUCACCAUCCUCCAGUUCCAGAACAUUUCAAACCAUACACUGAGAAUUGAGGGACUUGCUCUCUUUUUUGGGGGUGGGACAUUUUAUUGGAGUGAGCUGUUAACCCAGUAGGAAAUAAAGUAUUGAAAAUGUGUUUCUGAAGUUCCUCAUGUGAAUAAUGUUUUGUUUUGACCGUGUUUGCAGUCAAAUUUGGGGGAAAAGUGGAACCUUUAGCUUCAGUGCUCCGCAAGGAAAGCACUGGAGAUGGAGUUAGGAAGCAAUUGAUAUAUAGGGAAAGAAAAUUUUGGGAAAUGCAAUAGAUAAGAAAAGAUCUGUGAGAUCUAAAGCUGGGCAAUUGUGUGGGUCUGAAAGAUGGCGUAGCGAGCUUAAAUGGUGUGCUGCAAGUCUGAGAGCUAUAGCAUGUGAGGCAGGUAUCUCUGCAGCAGCAGCUGUAGUCCCUUGAUUUUUGCAUUGCUAAGAGUACCUGAUACCCAAACUGCACAGAACUUUUGGCUCUAACAGAGUUACUGUUUACAGCUAUAACCUUUCUGGAGGGAGAAAACAUGCAAUCUGGUUUGCUACCUGUGGUGGUAACAUGAUCUAGAGGAUUUAGCAGCCUAAAAAUUUGUGUCAAGUAUUUGGGAAAUAACAUUUGAAAGAAGAAAGACCUAAAUGCUGCUGUACUUAAUUGUUUUGGGGGAUUUUAAGAGUAACUAAGGGUAGAAAAAGAUGCAGAAGUUUUUCCUGGUUUUUAGUUAGACCUAGCUGACAGGUCAGCAGUUCUGUUAGUAGUUUUCCAUCUGAUGACUUGUGGAGUGCUUCCAAGGGCCAUGCAAUCAAAAACAAAAAGUCAGUGGCAGCAAGUCCAAGUUCCUGUGUGGAGGAAAUGAGGCCUGCAAAUUGAGAAUCUGAAAACCAUAGCUGUGUGCCGGGCAAUUUCUGAACCUGUCACAGGGAUGCAGUAUCAGGAAUCAGGGAAAAGAAUAUCCAGACACUACAGAUUGAUGACCUGAAACUUGAGCGAAAAGCCACGGCAAAAGCUUGCAAUGCUCCAUGAGCAGCCCCUGGGCAGUAGUUUGGGGGUUUCUGUAUGGAAAUUGCACACAAUUCCCAUAUCGCAGGCACACCACAAGCUGGCAGCCUUUAGCAGUCUCAGGGAGGAGGUAGGACCUGACCAGACUGAAUUGUAGGUGGAGAUUUGGCUGGCUGGGUGUUUUGUGCAGCUCUGUUGCAGAGUCAGUUCCCUGGAUACAGGAGGCUGACUGUAAUCUCAGUUGUAUACCAUGCUGGGUUUUGCCAGUGAAAAUGAUCUGUACUGAGACCCUGUUCAGAACAUUUUUGGCCUAAUUUGGGUGGCAUCUGGCUCAUCAACUGCAAGUUAGUGCCUGCAAGGAGUAUCCUUGGGCCAGGGGAAUGGCAAUGAAUUCUUGACUUACAUAUGAAUGGUAUAAAGGGGACAGGGCAUGGGAGUCCUGUGUUGGAAGAUGCUGUACCCUGCCCUGUAGACUUUGCUGUAUGAAAAGGUGGCUUUUCUCUGCUUUGCCAGCCUUGCUUCUUUUUCAGAGCAGUAUAAGAAGGAAGCAUAGUUUCUCCAAAGUGUCUUGUAAGGACAAAUUUUUCAGGGAGUAGGUCUUGCAUGGUGUGGUCUUCUUUCAGGGAGGUGCUAACUGAACUGUAUUUUUCCUGAGUUUAUGGUUCAUGUUUUGUUGCAAGUCCACUGCUCGUAGGGUGGUAUGUGUGGAGAUCACCACUGAGAUUUCCUGGUUUCCUAAUGUUUGUUUUUAGGUUGUGAACUCCCACGUUCUGGGAGGGAAAGGGAAGUAGAAAAGGCAACUGUGUGAAAAUGAGAUUUAUUUUGCUGUGGUAUAUCUUUUUUCUUUUUCAGUAAGCUAAUGAUUGUGUUUGAUUCUCAUACUUCUGUAAUGCUGUGUCACUGUUGACACUGUGGCGGGCAAAUGUUAGCUGACUGUAGUCCAAACAUUUUACACUCACAUUGACUUUCCGUGGGAUGAGAGUUUUAAACUCCAGUUGACUCCUUUGUAAAUACUGUGAUUAUUACUCCAUAUGUAUUCAAAGCUUUAAAAGCAUUUAGUCAUCUCUUGUUUAAAGCAACUGUUUUGAUAAUUUGGUUAUUAAGAUUUUAUUAAAUUGGCCCUUGAUUUGGUGAAGCAUGAAAGCACAUACUGAAGUCAAAGCUUGAUUCCUCUAGGAACAUUUAUGUGCAAGUGCUCUGUUGAACUGGGAUAUUGGCUCUGUGUUUUGUUUAAUGUCUCUCUGCAGAGGAAUUUGUGAAAAAGAGUUGUGAACCACUUACUGAAUGCGAGGAGAUGACACAAAUGAGCAGAAUGAAAUGUGUGUGGGAAGCAAAUUGAUUUUCAACUUGCUAGAAUCAUUAAACUAAGUAUUUUACUUUUAAUCAUCCAAA